GUGUGUUUGAUGGUUUGUCCUUACUUAACGACCUAACUAUGCCACCAAUCGAAUUGAUUUUUGGCAUUAAGUUAGUUGAAAAGACUGAAAGUAACAUAGACCUAUCUUAGGAAAAGAAACUGUUACUAUGGUGUUUGGACUGAGAUUUGUAGAAAAACGCAAUAAAAGUGGACAAAGAUUGCGGGCAACAGCUACAAAUAAUACUAUAAACAGAAUAUACUUAAUUAUUUUGGGUCGGCCAAAAGAUUGUCAGACAUCAUGCCAGUUUACCACAUAAUACUAUCCAAAUCAUAGUAAAGGCUGAGCAAGAUUUUAAGAAACAAAGCUAACAUUUGCUAUAACAUAAACACACAAACACAAAUGAAGUGAGACAAACUCCUAAUUACUUUUUUCAGGUUGCCUGGAUUCCACAAGAAGUUAAUACAUUGGCUUAGCUAACUUUGUUGGAAAUAUACUAUAUUAUUUAUCGGAAACUUAUUAAUUAUGUCUGAAAUAUUCAAUUUGAGUACCCUGUGUAGAUGUUGCCACACCGAUGGUAGUUUUAGAAGCCUGGAUUUAUUGUAUAGUUUUAAGGGUAAAACAGAAGUGUAUGCAGAUAUGUUGAACAAAACUUUUGGAUUAAUGUUAAGCCAUCCAUCAAUAGAAGCAAGCCACUCAAUUUGUGAGGUCUGUAUAGAAAAAUUACGAAAUGCAUUGCAAUUCAAGAAACAAGUAGAGCAAUGUGAGAUGAUGUUUGAAGAUUACUGCAAAAAUGAGUUGGCACUUAAAACAGAAAUCAAAAUUGAAAAACAAGAGACAGGUGAUGAAAUAGUAAUAAAACCGGAAAUGAAAAUAAAAGUUGAGUAUGUUAACGAGAAUAGCUACGAUCAGGAUUGCAAGGAAUUAGUACCUCAUAUUGAUGAUGAAGACAACACGGUGAAAUUAUUAAAAACUGAGGAUCAGAAAAAAAAAUGCCAAGAAACACUAACAUCACAUAUACCCAUGACUAAAAGCAGGAAUUCUAUAAAAAAACAAGAACUAAAUACGCUUAAUGCUGAUAUUCAUCAAAAGCAACGUUUAGAAAAACAAAAGUCACACGUAGCUAAAACAAAAAUACAAAGCAAGAGCAAACUGGCUAAAUCUGGUCUCGGAAGAUACACACAGAUAACACACACACAAAGAAAACAAUAUAAGUGCCCCAUAAAAAAAAUCAGUGAAAUCUUUGAUGAAGAACAAAUUUUCAAAAGUCACAUACUAAUGCAUAAGAGAUUUGUGUGUAACAUCUGCGGUAAUAGAUUCAAGUGCAUAAAUACUUUGAUAACUCAUAGAAUCAACCACGCAAGCAAAAAAGUUUUUACAUGCGAUAUGUGUAAUAAAGAUUUCCUUUACAAAUCCACAUUGAUAAAACACAUAGCGUUGCAUUUGGGUAACAAAAAGAAGUUAAUUUGCGACAUAUGCGGGAAAUCGUUCAACGAUAGAACAAAUUUGAACAUCCACAUCCGGAACGUCCACGAGAAACUGAGGCUAUUCAAGUGCGACCAGUGCCCGAAAGUAUACGCAUCGAAUAAAACGUUAAGAGUGCAUUUGAGAGUCCAUUCGGGAGAACGACCGUAUAAAUGUAAAUUUUGCGACAAAGCAUUAAUAUGUUCCAAUACCUUACGUUGGCAUACAGAGAACCAUCAUCCCACUGCCUUAAGUUUGGAUAAGGACAAACAGUCGUUGAAACCAUCGCAUUAUAAGUGCAAAGUUUGCGACAAGAUCAUCUAUAGUAGGGGAGGUUUCGCUGCUCAUACUAGAGCACAUAAAGGUAACAACCCAUACAAAUGCCAUCUCUGCGAGAAGGAUUUCACGUGCAAAUAUGGUCAAAGACGCCAUAUCGAAUCCCAUCGGAGCGACAACACUGUCCCAUGCAAGAUAUGCCACAAGAUUUUUUCCGGGAAAAUUACAUUGGACCGUCACGUCAAAAUCAUCCACGAUCCAAAUAGACAGCAGUGUACGCAAAAAUUUAAGUGUCACAUGUGCAAAAGGUCCGUAAAAGAUCUGGAGAGACAUUUGAAGGGUCACACCAAAUCCCACCUGUGCAGCUAUUGUCCAAAAGCAUAUGCAGACGGAAAAGGUUUGAAUAUGCACAUUAAAGAAAGUCACAUGGGUAUUUCUCAUGAUUGCGACCUCUGUGAGAAGAAAUAUAUAAAACUGAGAAGUCUAAAAAAGCACAAAUCGAAAAUACAUAAUAUACAGUUUAAAGUAGAGGAAAAGGAUGACGGAAUGAUAAAGGAAGAAAAAUGAGAAUGAAUUUGAGUAUUUCUAUUCAAAGAUUUCUAACAAAUGAUCCCGACGUGUUAUAGGCUCCGAAACGGCUGAACCGAUUUCAAUGAAACUUUC